GUCCUCCAGCCUGUGCGCACUGGCUCCAAGGUGAGCGAUGUCAUCGUCAUGGAGAUAGAGGUCAAGGGGUCAACAGAGCCGUACCACGUCCUGCUGGAGCCGUACGCCGUCGUGAUCCCCGGAGAGAUUUUUAUUUGCACGACCACAUGCAGGCAGUUCAAGAUGUGGAACCACAGCAGAACCGCCAUCUUUUUCCAGUGGGAACGGAUGAACAGCAGCAGCCAUAUAAUAGAAGUACAGCCCUCUGCUGGUACAAUAGAGGAGAACGAGUGCUUUGAUUUCGACCUGAUUUUGAACGGAGGGAAACCAGAGAGGGUUGUUACCAGUCUGGUUUGCCACAUAGAGCACCGCCACGAGCCCGUCACUUUGGCAGUGGAAGUCUCUUUUAAGGGUCCUCUAGUGACCCUGAGUGUUCCCAGUGUGGACUUUGGGCUCCUGAAGCUCGGGGAGCACACUCAGACCUCGCUGAUCCUCACUAACCUCACUCAGCUGGAAGCCGGCUGGAGGCUGCAGGAGAGGCAGCACCAACACCCACAGAUUUUAGUGGAGCCUUGCAGAGGUGUGCUUCCCCCUUUGACCUCUUGCAGUGUGGAUGUGCUAUUUAGUCCCACUUCCUGCCAGCGAUAUGAAACAGAGCUGGAGUUAACGGUGGAGAAUGGAACAGGAUGCCACCUGUCAGUGCGGGCAGAUGUUCAGACGCCUCAGGUGUGUCUGCUCAGCUGUGAGCUGCUCCUCUCUGAACUCUACAUGGGGGUGCAUGCUAGAGCCACCGUCACUCUGUUCAACCAGACGCUGCUGCCCUCUCACUUCAGCUGGAUGGUACGCUGGCUUUCACACAUUUUAUCAUGA